UGGAGGGAACCGGGAUCAGCCAGGGGCCAGCAUGAGCCGGAGGGAGGGAAGUCUGGAAGACCCCCAGGCUGACUCCUCAGUCUCUCUCCUUCCCCACUUGGAGGCCAAGAUCCGUCAGACACACAGCCUUGCCCACCUCCUCACCAAAUACGCUGAGCAGCUGCUCCAGGAAUAUGUGCAGCACCAGGGAGACCCCUUCGGGCUGCCCGGCUUCUCGCCACCACGGCUGCCGGUGGCCGGCCUGAGCGCCCCGGCACCGAGCCAAGCAGGGCUGCCGCUGCCCGAGCGACUGCGGCUGGACGCGGCCGCGCUAGCCGCGCUGCCCCCGAUGCUCGACGCCGUGCGCCGCCGCCAGGCGGAGCUGAACCCCCACGCGCCGCGCCUGCUUCGGCACCUGGAGGACGCGGCGCGCCAGGCCCGGGCCCUGGGCGCCGCCGUGGAGACCGUGCUGGCCGCGCUGGGCGCCGCCGCCCGUGGGCCCCGGCCUGAGCCCCCAGCCGCCGCCACCGCCGCGGGAGUCUUCCCGGCCAAGGUGCUGGGGCUCCGCGUGUGCGGCCUCUACCGCGACUGGGUGAGCCGCACCGAGGGCGACCUGAGCCAGCUGGUGCCCGGGGGCCCGGCCUGAGCAAGGGACGCGGGGCGCAGCUCGCGCUGUCGCCGCCUCUCCGCCCGUCUGUCUGCACUCCUCUCUCAUCUCCGUCGGUGUUGGCUGCUCU